GAUGGAACGCAUGGAGAGCGGAAGGGGACGGCCGGCCCUGUCACUUGUAGAGGCGUGAGAGCCGGUGACAUGAGGGACGACUGUUUGGUGUCUGCGCGGACAGAUCAUGGCGUUAUGUAAUCCUGUGCGGGUAGACGAGCCCAUCACGUGCUCCUAGUUCCGCGGCAUCCCCUGUAGAAUAAGAGACGGCACUUCAGCUACGAUCUAUAGAGCACGUGACUGUGUCCCCACAUUAGGAUAGUGAUCCUGCGUCAGUGAUGGACAGGUCCUCUGUGGCUAAAGUGGGGGCAGUGGCCAGUGCCAGCAUGUGUGCCCUGGUAGCUGGAGUGGUGUUGGCACAAUACAUAUUCACAGUCAAGAAGAAGACAGGAAAGAAGACAAAAAUCAUAGAAAUGAUGCCAGAAUUUCAGAAAAAAACUGUCCAUAUAAAGGACCCGGCAAGAGUUGAAGAGAUAAUAUGUGGAUUAAUAAAAGGUGGAGCAGCCAAGCUUCAGGUAAUAACAGAUUUUGAUAUGACAUUAAGCCGAUUUUCCCACAAUGGAAAACGAUGUCCCACUUGUCAUAAUGUAAUCGAUAACUGCAAGUAUGUAAGUGAUGAAUGUCGAAAAAAGUUAUAUGAACUGAAGGAAAAAUACUAUGCAAUUGAGAUAGAUCCAGAUCUCACAAUCAAAGAGAAAUACCCCUUUAUGGUUGAAUGGUACACCAAGUCACAUGCACUGUUAAUCGAACAGCGGUUUCAGAGAGACAAGCUGGAAGAAGUGAUAAGGGACUCGGACAUAAUGCUCAAGGAAGGAUAUGAAACUUUCUUCGAUAAGCUAAAUGAACAUAGUAUUCCCGUAUUUAUCUUUUCAGCUGGGCUUGGAGAUGUUCUGGAAGAAGCAAUACGCCAGUCUGGUGUAUACUACCCUAAUGUUAAAGUUGUGUCCAACUUUAUGGAUUUUGAUGAAAAUGGUGUGAUAAAGGGGUUCAAAGGAGAACUGAUACAUGUUUACAACAAGCAUGAUGGUGCCUUAAGGAGGACAGAAUAUUUCAGCCACUUGAAAGAAAACAGUAACAUUGUACUACUAGGAGAUUCAUUAGGAGAUUUAACUAUGGCUGAUGGAGUGCCUAAUGUGGAAAAUGUACUCAAAAUAGGAUAUCUUAACGAUAAGGUAGAAGAGUUGCUUGAAAAAUACAUGGAUUCUUAUGAUAUAGUUAUAGUCAAAGAUGAAACUCUGGAUGUGGCCAACUCCAUUCUACAAAAGAUUCUUUAAUCUGCACAAAUGGGGAUCCUUCACUUGCCAACAGGGAGGACUCAAGUCAACAGCUUUCUUUUCUUUUAUUUAAACCUAUUUAACUGAACCAUUUGGACUUUGAAAGCACCUUACCUUAUAGCACUGUGCUGCUUUAUUUAAGUUUUAUUGUGUUUUCUGUUUCUGCAAUACAUCCAUCACCUUACGCCUCCGUGAGAAAUCUCUUAAAUGAACAUUAUAGUAUGGAAAUCAUUUUGCUGACAACGAAUGUAAAGUUGUAAAGAUUUGAAAUGUUUCUUUAUUUUCAUAUGCACUACUAGUUGUUGUAUUUUGUAUAAGCAUAUAUGUUUUUGAAGGCCAAAAUUAGCAUGUUUAAAAUGCUAUUUGUACAGUCUUUUUACAUAUUAAAAUAUCCACUUUAUUCACUGAA